AUGGCGAUCGAGCAGCACACCUGCUUGGAUUGGGACAUUUGGUACGACUACUUCGGUUGCCCGCAGAUCGACGACCGGGCCUACGACAACGGUGCAUCGGACCUCCAGGCCGCUGUCAACAGCAUUCCGGCCUACUGUGACAUUGCAGACUUUGUCUUCGUGCUGGCGCCCUCCAUCAAGCACUCCGAUACAGGCGUGAUGAUGAGCCGCAGUACCUGGGGCAUGCGAGGAUGGUGCCGCGUUGAGAGGACAGCGGCGGUGCUCUCGAGAACUGAGAAGCCAAUUUUGAUCAUUUCCAGCCCGACAGCGGUCCUCCUGUCCAGCGGCAACGAGUGGGCACGCGCCUGGCCAGGCGAAGGCGACUUCACCGUGGAGGCAGAUCGGCCCAAAGUGAAAGCUCUGACUGACGAGCUUUUGAAGCUAAAAUGCCACUCUCUGUGGCUUCGUCGUGAAAUGCUGAACUGGCGUUUCUACCAGUCGCUCUUUCCCAGGGGCCAGGGCCAUCCUCAGAAGGCCGAGGAGGACAUCGACACCUUCCUCCAGCGCUACAACUUCACAUCGGAGCACCAACAUUUAGAGCAGGGAGGACUCAGUCCACUGAUGCUGGCAAGUAUCGAGGGAAACAUCACCAUCAUCAAGAAGCUGGUGGAGGGCAAGGCCGACGUGAACGAACUCAUGACGUGGGACAUCAAGGAUGCGCAGCUCGAGGGCCAUCACACAGCAUUGUCGUUGGCUGCGGCCCUCUCAACGAGGACCACGGUCUUGACGCUGUUGCAACUGAAAGCGGAUCUCCACAUUCCUAAAGAUCGGCUUGGCAGCAACGCCCUCAUGACCGCUGCUCGGUUCGGCAACAGCGACGUGCUCCCACUGCUCGUCGGAGGCCCAUCUGAUCUUGGCCUUCAGAAUAACUUCGGCGGUCGCCCCCUCCAUGUGGCUUCCAUUAGUGAGAAUCCCUCGGCAACGAGGACUCUUCUGCAGCUGCGCUGCGACCCUGACGUUGCGACCAACAUCGGCUGCCCCGUGCUAUGCUUCAGUCCACAGUAUGGCACCAGCCCCGGCCACGCAGAAAUCCUGCUGAAGGCGCGUGCUGAUCCGAACAUCUCGAGAGCUCCAGUUGGAGCGUCUGCGAUCUCGCUGUCGGAGAACUGGAUGCGUAAAGUCCGCGAGGGCAAGGCCACACUGGCAGAAAUCAACCUGGCACUGUGCAACCGUGGAACGCCGCUCCACUUCGCUGCCCUGAACGGGUCGCUCGAGAUUGCCAAGCUGCUUAUAGAAUACAAGGCGGACCAGGGUGCUACUUGGAGCGAGCAGAAUUUCACCCCUCUGGCUCUCGCCGAACAACAAGGUCAGGAGGCUGUGGUGGCACUGUUGAAAUCCGUGGCUGCAGGCCAGGCGAGCGGCUGA